ACGUGACUUACAAUGUUUUUGUUGAUUGGUCAGUUACUAGAAAUGGCCUUUGUCUGUCAAAUCAAAAGAUGCAUGUUUCGUUUCUCUUGACAAGAAGUCAGUAAAGUCAAAAAGUCUCCUCUCUUCAAGUUAUGGAGGUUCGUGUGUAGCUGUCAUUUCUUGAACUAUGGGUGUAAAAUGGACGUGUUUGUUUACAAAGAAAAAUUAGUGAAAUUUAAUGAAAUGAAAGUUGGUGCGAAGCUGGAGACAUGGGAGGCUGCAUAGGAUUAACACGAAGCAGGAGCGGGGCCAUAGAUGACUCUUCGGGCUCGGUAACUAGACCGAGUUCAGGUAGCCAGCGUAAAAACCAUCCAUUGUGCCAUGAGACGAUCCGAUGGAAGUCCGACGUCCCAUUGACGGAAGGACAAUUGCGCAGCAAGCGUGACGAAUUCUGGGACACCGCCCCCGCUUUCGAGGGACGCAAAGAGAUAUGGGAUGCCCUGAGGGCCGCAGCAUCAGCCGCCGAGAACAUGGACUAUGAUCUUGCGCAGGCCAUUUUGGAUGGGGCGAGUGUCUCGGUGCCGAAUGGAUACCUUACAGAGUGCUAUGACGAGCUGGGAGCCAGAUACCAGGUACCGAUCUACUGCCUCUCUUACCCAAUAAACAUAGUAAAAGAAGACAAUGGACGAGAUAGCCCCGCUGAAUGCUCCGAGCCUGUCGACGGGGGCACAGAGACUGUCUUGAAACUGAGAUUAUCACAUUCGUGUUCGGACGUCAAGUUGUCUGUUUAUUCAACUGACACUAUUAGUAUGUGCAAGAAAAAACUACAGAGUCAAGAAGGUAUCGAAUCAUCUCGCCAGAGGUGGUUUUUCGGCGGCAAGUUACUCGGUGAUAAGUUGAAAGUUGAGGAAGCCAAAGUGCCAUCAGGCUACGUUGUUCAGGUGAUCGUCAAUACUGAACCAUCGCCGGUUCUCAAAAAGAGUUCUUCUUAGCUGAUGUUGUUUUUUAGGUAUCACUAUGAUAUUCCAGUCAAAAUGCAACAUAUACACGUAUCUCGAGGUGGAGUGAGUUCAAAACACAAAUGUUUAAUUUUGACGGUAACCGUUUUUUUAGAUAGGCAUCAACUUGUUAAGAUUUUCAUAUCAUAGGUUUUAUAUGCAAAAUGAAAUAACUAUGUAAUUCUUAUGCAAUGCUCCAACGAGUUUUACAUACACACGUAAGUGUAAUUUUUUAAAACGGCGGCGUUUGAAAAUUUUCUGAUCAUGCUUUAGAGUGAGAACAGGUUGCACAAAUUUUAAGGGACGUCGAACUGUCGCAAAUGUUAAGCAAAAUAAUGGAUAAUCAAAAUCGGAGAGCAUGGUACAUGAUGAAUGCGGUUUGCGCGCAACAGCGAGUAUGUUUAGUAAACAACAACUUGAGAGAAAGAAAAAAUGGGUUCCAAGCGUUCGUUCCAAAAAAUCGUAUACAGGUCACUGUCCUCGCACGGUGGUGAAGUGGUAAGUGCCCACGAGGCGGCGUGAUGCAACUAGAACGCGUUUGGUGUUACCAAACCGGUUUGUUUCACUUGAAUGCCGCACCAAGCAGCUUGGACGGAGGAACAGUGGCGUGGGUAGGAUUACAUUUCUUCAUGAUUUGAGUUCAUGGACAAAUUUCAAAAGUGAAUGUGACGUCAUAUAAAUCAAUGAAGUUCUUCACGGAAUUCGAACUUGUUCUAAUUUUUGCCAAGUUGGACGUAAAAAUGCCAUUAUACCAACCUUGUUUUCCGACAGUAUACAUAUGGGUUCAAAACCACAAUAUGUGUGAUUGGCAGCACUAAGUACUCACAGAUAAUCCAUGAAUUUGUCGAUUGAUGACAUCGCAAAACAUAAUCAGAUUGACCUUGAAACAAUCCAUCUGAAUAAAUGUGAAGAAAUUGUUGACCUAAAACAAAACAAUAGAGUGGCGAAUGGUUGCGUUGGCUUUACGUGUCAAGUCUGAUAUCUGAAACCUGUCAUCUACCAAUACUGUAAGAUUAACGAAUCUUGCUUUAGACAAAGAUUUUUAAUAUUUCCUCGAGAAGUAAUGAUUUUGCGACAGUUCGACGAUUCUAGUACUAAUUGUAAAUACAAUAUCUUUUGUAUCUGUUAAAAUUUAGGACGUGUGCCACUGUGUGACCUACACAUUCGAUCAGUUAUUUUCACGCUGUAUACUUUUCUCUAUUGAGUGAAUCUAGCUAAUAUGGAGAAUAGCCGCGUUGAUAUUUUUCCAGGCAUAUUAUGAAACAAAUUACAUAAAGACGGAUCAAUAACAAAACGGAUUAUUAAAUCCUUAUUUAAUAAGUUCGUAUUUGUCUAUUGAAUUGCAAUAUUUUUUAAAGCAGGAAUAUGCAGAGUUGGAUAUAAUUUUUUUGGUAAAAAGAAACACCUGAAUUUGACGAUGUAGAUAUUAGAAAACUAUUACGUCUCUAGGCGUGUAAGUAGUCUUGUUUUUCCAUACAAAAACUACUCAAGAAACUCACGUCAAAUAGUCAAGAAAGCGGCUAUCAAUUCAUGACAUAAUCAACAAAUUAAUACUUGAGUUUUUUAUGGUGCUAACGAACUCCUGGUAGGGUAUCAUUAAAAGAAACCUGCAAAAAAAACGAAACAAUUUGAAGAACGGUAAGUUUUCCGAAUAUACUAGACCGUCAAAAAUCAAUUUAUUCUCAUUGUUAAAUGUCAACGUUGCCUUUUUUUGUGGUGGUAAAACACAGUUUCAAUCUUGUAAUUCUAUAAGAGGUUCGUUAGAAUUAAUGUGAGAAUUUCGAAAGGGCGUUUGAUAAAUUCGAACACAUUUUUGUGCAUUUAUCACUCUUAUGACUGAACGAUGAUAUUUUUAUUUGUACGUAUUUUUAAGAUUUAUACUGUUUAUUGCUUUAUGACUGCUUAUUGUAACAUAUAUUUAAUUUGCAAUAAUUAUAGGUUAAACAAAAUACAAAAUGAAAACAAGUCAAAGGUGGUUCUUUUCAAUUCAGCCUAUUUUUUCUUACACUUAAAUCAAAACACAAUCAAAAAUAAUGUAACUUGACUCUUAAGACACCAAUAUUUAAGCAGAUUUUAAAAACACCGAUCACUAAACUCUAUUCAAAUGGCAUUCACGCCCACAACGAACACGACAGCUCGAUCGAGAAAAUUUUACGCUAUUAUUGGCUUAUUAUGGAUCUGGCGAAUUGGCCAAUAGUAGCGCGAGAAUUUGGCGAUUCGAAACAUGUAUUUUUUAACACGCCGUAAAUAUGGCGUACUAUUUUUCUAUGCUUCAGUUUGGAAAAGAAUCAUUUUUGAGUGCAAUAAUAUGUAACUGUUGUAUACUUUUAUUAAUUUGUAAAGAUAAGAGAGAAAUUCAGCAUAUGAAAAUUUCAUUUAGUGUAUAAUAGGUACCUGAUAUAAGUUUAAAUGUAAUUUUUUAUUGGUUUCUCUAAUCCAAAUCUCUACUUUUUUUGUUAAUACAUUCACGCUAAUAGAAGGAUAUCCCAGAAAAAAACUAUUAUAUAAAUAUGGUACAAAUGAUGAGAGGUGUAACAUAUCUACAAGUUUUUACCAAAACAUUAGCUUUGUUCAGGGUGACCCAGAGAAGAUUUAUAAAUUCCAAAUUAAAUUAAUAAACGACACAUUUUAAGCCUUCUGUCUAAAUGGAUUCUGAGUUACUUCGCAUGAUUUGAUUGUGGAAUUUGCAAAUUAUUUAUAGUUACUGGCAGACGGGAAUGUUAACUUUGCUUUUGGGAUAUAUAUAUUUGUGAAAAUAAUCGGGCAAUUUUCUCUGGAAAUACAAGAGGCGAAACAAUAUAUAAUAAUUCUGGCUUAUUGUUUUAUAUCCCAUCUUAGACAACCUCUUCGUACACUUCAGAUACAUGGUUCGAAAUUGAGUAGAACAUAAUAUGAAUUUUGCGUCUGGAAAUAACAGCUAAGAUGCAUUUUUUACGUAACAAAGGUGCGGACUUGCACCUCCUUCAUUUGCUUCAUAUUUUUUGUCCUUGUUUCACUAGCCGAAUGAAAAUACUCGCUUGUAUAGAUAUUAAAUAAAGACUGGAACGUCAUUUGAACAAUAAAAGGAAUCCUAGUAAUACGAACGCAAUAGGAUUUGACGGGGAACACGUGCACUCUUUUCUCAAUCAAAAGGUACUUUUUGAGAGAAAACUGUUUUAUAAAAUAUUGUAUCAGUGUGUAAAUAAUAAUAAUAAUGAGACACAAUAAAGAGUUUGUUACAUAA